GUUGAGACUACCGAGCGUUGUGGUUACCGGUUUGAGAUUGGUGAGUGAGGAGGCCGGUUCCAAUCUCUGCACGCCCCCAUGGAGUGACAUCUACGUGGAAUACACUCCGCACGCCUUGUACACGGGUGGAGCCAGCAAGGCGAUCAUGUACAUCGGCCAUCUGCCGAAUUCAGGGGCGCGUGCCGACGCAGCGAGUUCGGAUAUAAACAGCAAGGUGAAGAUCUUCUGGAAUCUUUAUUGGGCCACUGAAGGCACGGUGACCGUCACAUCACCAACGCUACCCCCUACACUCCUCACGGUCGGAGCACUCGGCCCUGCCGCUGCUGUUGUUGAUGUAGCUGGCAAUCCUGUGACAUUCGUUCUCACUGAGCCAGCCAGUCGUUCCAUGAACAUGGACAAGGGUCAAGCGGCGCCUAUACAGUUUGAUAUCACAUUACUCCCUGAUUCAUCGACGAGGCUGAAGGUUAGAGCUACGUCGAUGAUAUCGGACACGGUGGCCAUCAGCAUCUGUGACAUAUCGUUCACCGCCGGAAUCAACAUCGCCUACCUGCCGCCCAGGGACGCAAUGAUCUACACGUACACAGAUACCACGUCGACACUGGGAUCAGGCAACAGCGAGGUAGUGGUGGAAUUAACCCGCAUCACGAACACUGGGAAUUAUCCAUCAGUAGUGGACCCAGAGUUCAAUGUCAUAUCUGGCACGGUCAGCGUUGUGGCCAUAGAUGGUCUCUCGCAGUCCACGUCGGUACUGAUUGAGGUUUACUACGAUACUGCCACCGCCUAUGGUGGCAUGAACUCUGAAACCAUCGAGAUCACAACCACGGCCAAUGUCUACACGCCAUCUCUCUCCGAAGCCGACCGCCGCAACACAAUGGUUUACUUCAGCAGGCACGUGACUGUUCACCUUCCUUGGAGAACACCAUUGUUGAGACUGGACUAUAAGACAACGAGCGGUGUUUUGAGACACAAUCUCUUCAUGUUAGAUAACCGCGUUCCAUUGCAACGAUGA